GUGCUGUUAGCAGCAGCACCAUCAACUUUAAUUUCAUUGCACUCACACACAAAGUUGUUUUGCGGCUAUUUCACAAAAAAAGAGGGAAUAUGUCACAAUACCAAAAGGAAAUAGUCCAGGCUGUGCUCAUAGCGGACAACAAUGUGUGGAACUUUAAACCGCUUUCGGACGAAGGCUCCAUGGCGCUGCUGCCCCUAGUGAAUGUUAGCAUGCUGGAUUAUGCUCUAAUUGCGCUUAAUCGCAGCGGCGUCGAGGAGGUAUUUGUUUAUGCCAGCCUUUAUUUGCAGAACAUACGCGACCACAUCAAACGAGGCAUCGCCACCUAUGCUUCGUGGUCCUUUAAGAUGACAGUCCAUGUGAUUGGCGGAGAAGGCUGUCGUUGCUUUGGGGAUGCGAUGCGGGAUCUUGAUGCUAAGGCUUUGAUACGUGGCAAUUUUAUACUACUGGGCGCAGAUACGGUGACCAAUGCAGACCUGCGUCCAGUAUUAGAACAGCAUAAGCGCAUGGCAAAGUUCGAUAAAGGUACGGCCGCCACGCUUGUGUUUAAGGAGUGCGCCAGCAGCAAUGAACGAACAGGCAAUGAGCUCCUAAUUGCUGUGGAUAAACAUAAUACUCGGCUACAUUAUCAUCAGCGAUUGCGCAUGAAUCAUAAGGAGACACGUUACCAGAUACCGCUUGAUGUGUUCCUUAACAAUUCGUGCGUUACGCUGCAUCACAAUCUACUCGAUCCACAAAUUGCUAUUGGCUCGCCAUCGAUGCUGUCGUUGUUUAGUGAUAAUUUCGAUUUCCAAACACGCGACGAUUUUGUUCGAGGCUUGCUUAUUAACGAGGAACUCUUGGACAGCCGUAUCUAUGUGGCACUGUUGCCGCCUGCCCAAUAUGCACACAAAGUGAACAAUUGGCUCUCCUAUCAGCUGGUUAGCCGGGACAUUAUAAGUCGUUGGGCCUAUCCGUUGGUGCCCGACAUGGGCGUCUAUAAGCUGCAACAGCAGUAUGUUUUCUACAAGGACAACAUCUACAAGAGCCAAGAGGCGAACGUCUCUAAAGUGGCACUGCAGGAGAAUGUUGUUAUACAGACAGGCAGCCAUGUGGAUGCCGGCACGUCAAUUAGUUGCAGCGUAAUUGGCGCUAAUUGCCGCAUUGGCAAGAACUGCGUGCUCAAUAAUGUCUUCCUCAUGGCUGAUGUGAUUAUUCAAGACAACUGCCACCUGCGGCACUGCGUCAUAGGCUCUGGUACGGUUAUCAAUGAGAAUUGCGACAUUGGCGCAGGCUGCGUAUUGGGUGCCAAGUGCAUCCUGCCCGCCAGCACAAAGCUAGCCAAUACGCUGGUCACCAGCUCACCUAGUACACAGCGCACCGGAGAGAUUGAACAGGUUGCACUGGAAUCCAUUGGGCCAGCUGCAUACAUAGUUAAUGAUCUGACAACUGGUGAUCCGGACGAUUCCGAUGCGGAUGACCACUUGAUGUCACAACUGACGACUCUCUGCAUACCGAAAAUGUGUGACCUGCGGAAUGCGGCAAUCGCGGAUAGCGAUUGCAGCUACUCCAGUGACGACGAUGACAACGAGGAUGAAUCUCGCUUAGCAACUCCGCUGCCCGACGAUACAAACAUCUUUCUCUCAGAAGUCAUCGACUCGUUAACGCGCGGCUAUCGCGAGAAAUCCAAUCCGGACUUUCUUAUACUUGAGAUUAACUCCUCGCGUUAUGCGUACAAUAUGUCUCUCAAGGAGGUAAAUUUCAAUGUGGUCAAAGCUGUCUUUGCCAUGGAGAGCAUCAUCGAGCCAGCUAACGAUAACGUUUUGGUAGCCAUCAAUGCGGUUUUCAAGCAACUGGGACCUGUUGUCUCUAACUAUAUUAAGAGCGAAGAUGCUAUGAUGGAUUGCCUGAAGGCUUUGGAGGACAUUUGCGAGGAAAACAAACUGGUGCAUGAAAAGAUCUCCCAAGUGGUGCAUUAUCUGUACGACAAAGACUUCGUCUCCGAGGAUGCCAUACACAAGUGGUACGAUCAACUGGAUGUCCAAGAACAUGCGACGUUGCGUCACAGUCUCGCCAAGCUUGUCGACUGGCUGAACCAAUCGAGCGAGGAUGAUGACGACGACGAUGAAGAUGAUGAUGAGUAGGAUGGUGAUGAUUAGCCAGCUGACUAAAAGUGUUCCUUUGCAUAAACGAAAUACAAUUAAUUAAAAGUCGA